UCAAUUUAUCAUUUUCCUAUCUGUUUUUACUUAAAUUCGAGAUGUGCAUCAAAAUAUUGCGCGAAACGUGAAAUUACGAGACGUUCAGUGAUGACAGCUAGAUCGGAAGAACGGAAGUUUUCGGCAUUUUACGAGAAAAUCAACAGCCAGCUUCCACACAUAAAUAUUAGUGCAAGCGAAGUGGAAAAAUACCCAGAUUUUUGUGUACUGCUGACAAAAAUAGCAUCUUAUAUUCAACCAGAUGGUGUCUCAACUCAGACAAGUAAAGAUCUUAAACAGGCAGAAGAAGUGUUAAGGCAUGAGAAGCAUUCCUGGUUGUUGAACCACAUUCUAUAUCUGGAGGUUCAGGAACUGCUGCUGGAUUAUGAGCUAAAGAGUCAAGACAUUUCUCUCUCAUCUAGAGAUCAACAGUUCCACAAGAUCUUACAGCAAUGUCUGACACAAGCAGAAAUAGGUGAUUACCUAGACUUCAGUCCAGAUCCCAGUUCCAAAGUCACCACCCUAGGACUCAGUAGGGAGGAAUUAAGUGCCCAGAAUCCAUAUAAAAAGCAUUUACAGUCAUUACAACAGGCUUUAAUACCAGAGAUAGAAGAAAGAUUGAGAAAAAAGUGUGAAACUUUGGUUGUUGCACAUGAUCCACAGAAUUCAUCCACAGAAAGUACAAAAUUAACAUUUGCCAAAUCGUCCCAGUUACCAGCUAUAGUUGAGAAUGAUAAGCAUCACCUAGAAGAAGAAAAACAUCAGCUGAAAGAGGACUUUGUCAAAAAGGAUAAACAGUUUGCAGCAUAUUAUCAGAAACUGCUAGAUUCAUUAGGUCUGUUAGAAACUCUCAUAUCUAAGUUCAAACUGGAGAAGCAGUCAGAACACGACACGAUAACAACAGAAUGGCUGUAUGCUAAAUGUGAUGCUAUGUGCCUUAAGAUCAGGCUUGUUGAGUUACAGAUUUUAUGUGAUACAUAUACAGUAGAAACAUUAGAGUCAUUAAAAAUCAUCAGGAAACAUUUGGAUGAUGCAUACAGAGACAGUGAAAAGGAAAAGCUUCAUAGGCAACAGGCUAUAAAGGCGUAUGAUUCUGUCGGUGAUGGUUUCGAAGAGAUUGUAGCAGAGUUUGGUAAAAUGAAGGCAGAAUUAGAAAAUAAACAAUGGGCCUUGGCAGAAUUUGACAAGAGUAAUGAGCAGAAGGGCACCGCCACUUGAAUGAUGAUCUAAAUACAUUUUAGGUUAUAGAGAGCUAUUUAUUGUUGCCACAUAAUGUGCUUCAGAAUACUGUACUACAUGUAUAGUGCUGAAAAGAAAAUGUUGCAAUAAAAGUGUUUAUACGAGAUAUUUUAUUGCCGAAUAAAGUAUUCAAAGAAAU